UUUCACUUAACAUGCACGGAUCAGAUCAUUACCUGGGCCGCUCCUUCUAUUUUCCAGCAUCUUCUCCGAUUAGGAUCGGAUCAUCACAUGAUCGAGUAUAGUUCCGUUUGCAUCAAUUUCACUUAACAAGGUGGACAGAUCAGAUCAGGAUUAGAUCAUUACCUCGGCCACUCCUUAUUUUCUCACAUCUUCUCCGAUAUGCGCCAUUUUGAUUAGAUUUCAUCACAUAAGAUGGAGUAGUUCCGUUUUUGUCGAUCAUCAGCGCUAGGAGAUUGCAAUGUUACACAUGGAAGAGGAUGUUCACCCCUGCACCACAUUGUUCUAGGGGUGAUUUAACUGUAGAAGGAUAUUAAUUUCUCCAUGUUGGACUGUGCUUCAACAGACAUGUAUAAGUAGUUGAAGGAUAUGGAGACCAUGCGUGUUCUUGUGGCGUGCUGCUUGCAGCAGCAAGCAUUCAACAAGUAUUACUAUGAGUUAGCAUCUAAGUUAUGCAGCCAUGCUAAACACCACAAGUUCACUCUACAAGGAUGUGAGAACAGUACUGAAGAAUAUCACAUGCUUCCUAAUUUAUUGAAUCAUCAUAGAGCAAUUUUAAAAAGUCAUUGUAACUUGUGGGAUUGGGGGAAGAUAGAAAUAGGGGUGUGGGAAAGAACAAUUAUGAAUGUGGUUCUUUAUAAGCUUUUUAAAAGUGAUAGUUGUAUUUUCUCUUCUUUCUCUGAGCAUGUCAAUCUGUUUUUUUAAACUACAUAGUGAUUUUUGUUGUGAAACUAGAGCAUUGGUUGAUACAAUGAUAGCUUUACAAGUGAACAUACUUCGUCUAUAAUAGUGAGA